UUCCGCGCCUCCAUCCCGCGCUUUCGCUCCACUGUUUGAGUUACGGCGGCUUCGGUGUUUUCGGUGUUUAUCCGCCGUUUCUUCGCCUUAAAGCCGCUCGGAGGACGCGUGGGAGCAGGAUGGGACCCGUAGAGCUCCUCCACAUGUCCGUGUUCUCUCAGAGUUUCUCUCCCUGCGGUCGCUUCCUGGCAGCCGGAAACAACUACGGAGAGAUCGCCGUGUUCAGCCUGUCUGCAGCUCUGAGUCCGGACGUCACCGACCUCAACCAGAAACCCAUCCUGACCUUCACAGCUCAUGAAGGGCCGGUCUUUGCUCUUCUGUCCACGGACUGCCACCUGCUGAGCGCGGGAAACGGCGAGAUCAGCGCCUGGAGCUGGAGCGAACUCACCAAGAAGAACGUCAAACCGCUGUGGACCAGAAGACCGAACUACAAAUCCAGUCUGGAGAUCCCAGAGAUCAACUCCAUGACCAUCAACCCCAGAGAUAACAGCCUGAUCAUCGGAGGAGGAGAUAACAACAUCCACGUCAUGGACCUGGAAAAUGGAGCGUUCAAGGCGGUCCUUCAGGGUCACUCGGACUACAUUCACUGUGUGACCGUGAGAGAGAGGGAGGCGGAGAUCCUGUCGGGGGGCGAGGAUGGAGCAGUGAGGAUGUGGGACAGCAGGACGGGUCAGUGCGUUCACUGCAUCGAGGUCUACAAGUAUGAGGUGUGUGCGCGGCCUCAGUUUGGUAAAUGGAUCAGCUGUGUGACCACCGACUCUGACUGGAUGCUGUGCGGCGGCGGUCCGUCCCUGUCUCUGUGGCACCUCCGCUCUCUGUCGCCGACCUCCAUCUUUAAUCUGAGCGGCUGUCAGCGACAGGCCGCCUUCCACCAGGACAUGAUCCUGGCGGUGGGCGAAGGUGCGUUCGUGUCCCACUGCCUGCUGGGCGGAGAGGUCAAAGCUCAGAUUCCCUGCACAGCACAGAGCCUGAACACGCUGCAGUUCAACAGCAACAGCACCGAGCACCGGGUGCUGACGGUCGGCGGCAGCAACAACAACAUCGACGUGUUCACCAACCUGUCCUACAGAGCCUUCUCCCUGAGCUUCUGAGCUCCACAGCUGCUUUAAAUCUGUGCACACACACACACACACACACACACACACACACACACACACACACACACACACACACACAGGAGCUGUUCAAUGCCAAUGAAAAAGUAACAUU